AAGACUAACCAACAUUUCCCUCAUCCUAGCCAGUCAAGAUAAUUAUUUGUGUUUCAAAGUAAAAAUUCAAUUGUCUUAAUAUGGAAUCAGUUGUAUUUCUUUUACCAUCACUAAUGUUUACUUUAAUUACUUUUGAUUUGACCCUUGCUGACCAAUGUCCACCUGGAAAAGCAAUAGAAGCUGAUGUUUGUGCUUCUAAAUUGUUUGUCGUUGGUAACAGGGAAUCGCGAAUGCCCCAAACAAUCAGUGAAAUGGACAAAUAUUGCUCAUCUGUUCGAAAAGCAGGUAAAUGUCUAAAAUCAUAUUCGAGCCAAUGUCUUCUACCUUUACCGAAACAAAUAUCAUCGGUCCUAAAUCGAGCUGUCGAAACCAAUGUCAAUAGGAUUUGCAACACUCAAGAGGGAAGACAAGAAUUCAUUCGUCGAUUCUCAUGUGUCAACAAGAAUAUCAAUGCUCUACACCAAUGUAUGGACAAAUAUAUCGACAAUCUCGAGAGGAUCAAAGGUGCUGAUUCGAGGAAUAAAAUUGCAAUGACUUGUUGUUACUCUUCAUUUUUCAGAGCUUGUAUGGAGAAGGGUAUUGAAGGUAUUUGCCCCCCAGACUCUGAUGAAUACAUACAUGAGUUGAUCAUUAACUAUACUCGUGAAGUAUUGGAAACACUUUGUGGACAAUGGACUGGCCCUGGGGCUAAAGAACGUUGUGCCACAAUCCCCACCCUGCCUAAGAGAGACUCAAGAUCUUCCAAAAGCAUGACCCCUUAUAAUCCGAUUAUGGACAUUUUUGCAAAUCUGUGAAAGCCUUUCAACGCUCAUUAUGGUCAAUUUUUUUCUCUCAACUUCUCCUUCAUCAUUUUUCCUCAUCCCCUCAUCUUCCUUCUUACCAGAGAAAAACAUCAUUACUCUUUGUUCCUUUUCUACACUUGAGUAUCUACCUGUGUAUCUACUACCUGGUGGUCAUUUUAGCUUUAAGAAAGAUCUCUCUCUCUCUCUCUCUCUUUCUUUCUUUCUCUCCUUUUUAGAUUCUACUGACCAACAAAAAGCCAAAUCUUUCUCAUAAUUGUAUCUUAAUCUUCUACAAUUUUCUAUCCACUCCCUCCUCAUUUUCUCAUCCUCAUCCUUAUUCUCUCUUCCCUUUUUCUUAAUUAGCUAAACUAAAUUUUUCUUCUUGUAAGGGAGAAGUUAAAAGCUAUUUCUUAUCCUCUUUCUUACUCCAGAGGCUUCAGAUCAUCGAAUGAAAAUUCAACUGAUGAUAAAAGUUCAGUUGGCAAUAGAACUUGACUCCAGAAUUUGAUGUUAAUCAUGAUACAAUUACACAAAAAUAUCAACUGAUGGAGAUUAACAGUUAACGCUUAUGAUACUAAUAAUAUUACAUGGAGACAUUUAGUUAUUUCAAAAUGUGAAAUAAAUUGAAUCAGAUUCAUUAGAUUAAGUUUUGUUUAACUCUCUUAAUUAAUCUUUGAUUUUUAAAGUAAAAACUAUUAAAUUUCGCGGAAUUUAAAACUUAGGGGUCGCCAGAGUCUCGAUUGAUUUUCCUUUUAAAUUUACCAAUUGUUUUCUCGCUAAUUAAAAGUCUAAUCAAUGAUUAUUAAUGGAAUUUGAUUAAUUUAUUGUUCUCAACCUUUUGAUCUUUAGUAUUUACUCUCAAUUUGUUUUCUUUUUCUAUUUGUUUUAAUUAGCGAAAUCUUAACAAGUGAAACU